ACUCCUCGUGCUGUCUUCACUCUGGCCGUCAGAGGAACUUCAAAGCAGUUGUGGGCAGUGAGGUAGCUCCGUGUCUGUCUCUGUGUGCGUGUGUGGCUCCACCCGACAGUUUUGCUCACAUUUCCAGCAGACGAGCAUCUUUAUUCUUCUCAACUGCGAGCUUUUCUCUUCUCCACGGCUAGACAUGGCUGCAAUGGCCCUUGUCUUGCAGGCCCUGUCAGUCAGGUUGCCUCCUCCUCCGCCUCUAAUUGGACCUCUCAUCCGUAACGACUUCCUCGCACGAGCCACGAUAUACGCGCAGAGUCGAGUCAACGCCCCGGAAUCCAUGAUCAUUGUUGACAACUACGUGUAUGCAGGCAAUAGAGACGGCACCAUCGUCGAGAUUGAGCCUGGCACACAGCAGUCCCGCCUGAUACACCCGAGUCCCGCCAUUCUUCGAGCCUGCGGUUGGCCCAACUCUCCGGUAGGAACCUGCGGAAGACCCUUAGGGAUGAGAAGGACACGUGACGACCACCUUCUCGUCGCUGACCCCUACCGGGGCAUUUUGAAAGUGAGACCUCCAAACCGGCGCACCUGGGUUCAACGAGGAUUUUUUGACGGUAAUUAUCGGGUUCUGGUGUCCAACAACACCCUCGUCAACGGGAAGCCUCUAGGCUACCUGAAUGACGUCGUGCAGUCACAAAAUGGCGUCGUCUUCUUCACGUCCUCGUCCUCCAGGUGGAGAGACCCCAACGACUUCAUGAACAUCACCUUGGAAGGAGAGACCAGCGGAAGAGUCCUUGUCUACGAUCCAAACAAAGGCUACCCGCAAGAGCUGGUGACCAACCUUCACUUUCCCAACGGCGUAGAACUGUCGCCCAACGAGGAUUUUCUGCUGAUAGCCGAGGGUGGUCGAAGUAGGAUUCACAGGGCCUGGAUCGGCCGCAACUCGCCCAGGCGUGGAACAAUAGAUGUGUUCGCCGAGAAUCUUCCUGGCUUCGUGGACAACAUUCGCAGAACAAACAGAGGGACUUACUGGGUGGCAUUUUCUCGUGCACGACAUGCCAACCUGCCGUCUGUCCUUGAUACCUACGGUACCCAGCCAGCUAUUCGCGAGCAUAUCAUGCAGAUGCCUCGAGAAGAUGUGAUGAUGCAGUCUCCUAAAUUUGGCAUCAUCGUAGAACUAGAUGCCAAUGGAAAAAUUAUCAGAAGUCUUCAAGAUCCAAGUGGUCACGUUUACAGUGGCGUCAGCGAGGUGAACGAAGUCAACAACGUCCUGUAUCUGGGUUCCUUCGAGAAGAACUUCAUCGGUCGUAUCGACCUCAGCACCUUGCCGCAACUUCCGCUCCAACCCGCCGGCACUGGCACGUCUCCAGGCUCAGGCUCCACGUCUGGAACAGGAGGGACUGCCCCCGGAACAGGCGCAGGAACAAGUCCGACGCAGGCUACUCCAAUGACCCAGCUGCUGGACACGGUGCGCCAGAACGUUGCCAGUCUGGACGCGGAGAGGCUGCGCACCAUGGUGCUGCAGCUGGUCAGCAAGCUGGUGGAGACGGUCUUACAGCGCCGGAAGGAGGCGCAGGAGAUGGCCAUCCUCAUGGCUCGCAUACGACAGAUGCAGGACCAGAUCACAUUGCUGCGGCAGCAACUGGUCACCACCGCGCCGCCCAUCUUCGACAUGACCUCCAGCGCGAUCGACACCACGACGGCGACAGUAACAAUAGAGACGACGACGAGUAUUGUGGAUGUCGUCACACCGACGAUCCAACAGCUAAACGACACUACUGCUGCCCCUACAACAACCAUAAUCGCAACCACAACCUCUGCCGCUAAUAUUGCACCAUCACAAACUGACCCCGUGCAGCCGGAUGCGGGGGCUAACUCUGGCCCCACCGGAAACAUUGAGGGCGGGGGUGGACCCGCGGCAACGACACCAACGCCCACCAACGCCGCACCCUUUCCAACAGCUCGAGCAAAAUGAACUAGUGCCAGCUUCACCAUGUAGAUUAGCUCAGGUGUGGUCUUAGAGCCAUAUUCGUCAUGCGUAGCAGACAAAUCCGAGAAAUAUCUCGGAAAAGGGUAUUUGGAAUAAUAGAAUUUAAAACAAAAAGGAAAUACAUAAUAAAGCCGUUGCUGACCGUUUUCAAGACUGAACCGAGUGCAAACUUAUCUUCAGAUUAGUAGGUUUCAUUCAUUAUAAGGUCCUAAUUCCUAAGAUCUGAAGGGAAAACUCUUCUUUGGCUAAUGUUUUCAGACUAAUAUGGAAACAUUCAGCAUAUAGAUAGAAUAAAAGCAUUUCGGAAUCUUUGUAUUUAUUUUUUGUGUAGUCGCUGAAUAGUGUAAUGGUACAAAGUACAUAUCCUCCAAAAGAGUAAGCCAGUUACAUAACUCAUCGCGAAGUGGCAACUUAACUGUAUUCAAACCCCUCCAGAAAUCAGUCCUGAAAAUUAUAAAUGGUUAGAAAAGAUGUCAUUUCGGUGAAAUUAUUGCUAUUUAUCCAUACAAAUAUUUUCCCUCUUACAGCUGAUUACAAUAUCAAUAUAAGAAGUAUUUCUUAUUUCUGGACUUUUUUAUCGGAGGUUUUUUUUUUCUUCUUCCUAUUUCUUCAGUCUUUUUCUAAUGUCUGUAUCCAUCCCAGGGAUUAAAAUGUGAUAGAGGUGUUUGUAAACCACUUGCAUGACCCAAACAAGUGUCUGUACAUAGCAUUUGAUAGUUGUAACUCUUACCUUCAAUUUUUCAAUUUAUCCCUAAACAUACAGUCCGAUUUUUAUUUCCUUGUGACACUGUUACUUAUUGUUUGGCUAGUUGGCUUCCUAUGUGUGGAUAAAAUGCUUUUCUGUUGAACAUUUGCAUUGUAACUUUAUAAAUAAACGUUGAAUUGUGAGGUAAUUCGUGAAACAGUGUCAAACAAGGUUUUUAAAAAAUAAAUUGUUUUCUGCUUUUCAACAUUCCCAAAUGAUCUGCAAAUCGGUUAUUUCGAUUUGACAAAUAAUUCGACUAUUUACAAAGGUUGGGGGUAGUGUUAUAUGGAGAAAUAAAAUUAUACAGAUAUGUGUA